GUGUCUCUGCAGUGGAAAAUGACUCUAAUUCAUUGUUAAGCUCGUGAAAUGCUUGAAUGGUGCGCUGAGCUAUCCGGAGCUCGGAGCUGGGGGCAAUCUGUCUCAUCUACCACCCUACCGCUCAAGUGAACCAGACUUGAACCAGCAUCUCCCCACGACGGGCUCAGCAACUUACACAGCUCUUCAUUAAGGGUGACGGCGAUUGCUUCGCUCGUUUUCAUGGAAGAGAAGUCUUUCAGCAUGAAAACCCUCUUCCUGAUCUAUAUAUUGACUUCCUUCGGGGAAGUCUCCCCACUCUCACGCGAUCCUGAUUCCCCAUAUUUCCCCGCUGUGAGUGGGGACGAGAACCUGCUCGUUCUCAAUGAGUUCAUCGAUUCAAUCAUAAGAGAAAUGAAGACGCGCCAACAGCUAAUUGAAGUCUUGAACCCCCUGACGCUCGAGCGCAACAUUACUUUCUCGAAGGGAGUCAUAUACCAAAUUUCCGUAAAUGGUCUCCUCUCUCUGCACCGGGUAGGAGACAUCACGUUUGUCCCGGACACGCCCGAAGUAAUAGCAAAGCUCGCGGUCAAAGAUGUCGAUCUCAAGUUCAAGUACAAUGUGCGAGCACUGGGCGUUCCCUCACAGGGGCGACUUAAUAUGAGGGUGAAUAACAUCGAGAUGGGUCUUCGGGCUUCUUUUCGUGGUGCGAAGGCGAGUUUGGAUCAGUUUGAGAUUCAUACCUUCGGAAAAAUUCUCAUACGAGAGUUUGCCGGUACCUCUCGGUUACUCAACUGGCUGACGAAACCCACACUGGAAUUAGCGUUGAACCUGUCGCGCUCAAAACUGAAGGAAAAGAUAGAGAAAGCGCUCAGAGAGAGGCUCGAAGAAGAAUUUCGACGGAUUCAUCUGGAAGACGUCAUCGCCUCUGUGAUUCUACAGUGA